AUGAUUCCUCCCAUCCCCAUUCUUGCCGAUUAUGGAAUCUCGCCAGAACAUGGCUUCCUUCCGGAUGUCCUGCCCUUGACGAGGCUCCCAGAUCCAUACUACAACAAGUGGGAGGCUGUCGCCGCCAACCUGCAGAGCUUGAUUCUGAGCAAGCGUCUUCGAGGAGUCAUUGACCGUCUUCCCGUCCUCUCAACCAUCGGUCUGGAACAUGAUGCAGAAUGGCGCAGAGCCUAUAUGCUCCUCACCUUUUUCGCGCACGGCUACAUUUGGGGAGGUGACACUCCUCAGGAGCGCGUGCCGCCCAGUAUCUCGGCCCCCUUGCUGAAGAUUUGCGAACAUCUCGAGGUUCCCCCCGUGUCUACCUAUGCAGCUUCUGUUCUCUGGAAUUUCAAGCCGCUCUUCGUGGACGAGAACAUUGAUGACCUCGACAACCUUGCCACCCUGACCACCUUUACUGGCUCCCUUGAUGAGUCCUGGUUCUACCUGGUCUCUGUAGCCAUUGAGGCUCGGGGUGGUCCCAUCAUCCCACUCAUGCUCGAAGCCGUUGCCGCCGCGCGCAAGGGCGAUGCUGCAACUGUGACACGUUGCUUGCAAGGCUUUGCUGAGCGUCUUGAUGACCUGGGAGAAUUGCUCCACCGCAUGCAUGAAAUGUGCGACCCUAGCUUCUUCUAUCGUCGCAUCCGCACAUUUCUGGCUGGCAGUAAGAACAUGGCCGAAGCCGGACUGCCCAAUGGUGUCAUUUGGGACGAUGGCACCGGCAAAUCCGACUAUGUCCAGUACUCUGGCCCCAGCAACGCGCAGAGCUCUCUCAUCCAGUUUUUCGACAUCAUCCUGGGCAUUGAGCAUCGCCCAACGGGUGAAAAGGCCGACGCGCCCGAAUCCGACCGUGAAGGACGGAUGCGAGGUCCCACCCACAACUUUAUCCAGGACAUGCGCCGCUACAUGCCUGGACCCCACGCUCGUUUCUUGAACGACAUUAGCUCUGUCGCCAACAUUCGCCAAUUCGUCGAGUCUCGUGCCCAGACUGAUCGUCCUCUUGCUCUGGCUUACGAUGCGUGUCUAGCUAUGCUCCGCUCUUUCCGCGACAUCCACAUUGCCAUUGUCACUCGCUACAUCAUCCUCCCGUCCCGGGAGAACCGAGCCCGCAGCCGCAGCCGUAGCCCCGAGGUUGUUAGAAGCCGCCAAAAUCUCGCGACUGCGUCCAAGAACGCCGCUCACAAAAAGGUCAAGGGAACUGGAGGCACCGCCCUGAUUCCCUUCCUGAAGCAGGCGCGUGACGAGACCAGCGAGCCCGCCGUCGAGAAGUGGACACAGAAGUACAUGAAUCGCGCCACUCGUUCCACUGGCCAGAACGACUUCUUCCUUGGUAAGGCCUCAGAGGAAGAGGUGGUGGACGAGCCGGUUGUUGAGCAUGGUUUGGCCGGCACAUGGAACAUUGAUGACGACGUUGGUGGUAUUUGUCUGUACUAG